AUGGUCAGACUGUGUACACAUCACCAGAAGCAAUUCAUUCGUGUGUUAAACGACAUAUACACUGAAGUACAACCAGACUCUGAAGGCCAGCAGUUGUCUGAAUCUGAGAGCAUGGAGGCCUCUACUUGUGGCUCUGGUUGUAGCCAGCGAAGCACUGAAAACCAGGAUAAGGGUGCUACUUGUACUGAAUCAAAGCCCCCUUCUUCCUCGGACCCAGGACAGUCGGGGUCCGAUGGCCCCCUGCAUGUUACGGGACAAGCCCCGAAGCAGCCGGUGGAGCUGAAGUCUCUGGACAGAGCAGAGAGCUCCAGUCCUGCUUUGAGAAGGGAAUUCUCCGAGCUCCCUGUCACCAGGCUUCGUUCUGCUAGUCCAAAGGAUAGCUCCACCCAAGGAUACCUCAGCACGUUGAACUCUUCCUCUUUGAAUUUCCAUCAUGCCGCAAAGAGCCUGGAAGGGCAGCAAGCUGCUGGACACGAGCAAGAAGCCGGUGUCAGAAAGUGUGAGGACAAUAAAGAGCAGCUAGCAGGUAAGACUCUCGUGGAAGGUUAUAUCUCGGUCAAAGUGGCAAAUGUGAACGGCAGCGAGGACAGCUUAGACAGCUGUCUGGGGUCCCAAAAGAGCUCUUUCAGAGCUCUGCCAGAAGAGUCCUGGGAUCCCGGCUUUGCGGUGACUCCCCCUCGCAGAGCCGACAAAGAGAACACUUUGCAAUGCAGCUCGAAAGCAUCUUUGCACCAGGACUUAGACGCAAAAGAACAAGAUGCGAGACCAAAGCAAGAAAACCACCUGCACGCCAUGGCCAAGGGCAAGGCAGGCUGCCACCUGCACCCAGCCGACAAGGGCCCGCUCGAAAAGUCCAAAGAGAGCUGGCUGCCCGCUGGCACCGGAAGAGCAAGAAGGCGUCAGGGCUGAGGAUCAACGACUACGACAACCAGUGUGACGUGGUCUACAUCAGCCAGCCCAUCACCGAAGAGCAAGAAGGCGUCAGGGCUGAGGAUCAACGACUACGACAACCAGUGUGACGUGGUCUACAUCAGCCAGCCCAUCACCGAGUGCCAUUUCGAGAGCCAGCGGUCGGUGUCGUCCCGCAAGACGGCGAGGAAGAGCACACGGGGGUAUUACUUCAACGGGGAGUGCUGUGAGCUCCCGACUGUCCGCACACUGGUUAAGGGCUCCCGGGCGGAGGAGAAGGGGAGCAGCCUGGCACUGCGAACAGAGACCCUCGUAAGCGCUAAGCCGCCCCUGGUGCUCUCGGUGGGGGGGUCUGCGGAGGCGGGACGGGAAGGCGAGAAAAGGGUUUCCCUGAGGCUCCUGGCUAAAGGGGCACCGACCAGCCGGGAAACAAAAGAGAGAGCUGAGCCAGGCUCCGUGCAGCCCCGUGAUACCCGGGCGCUGCGGUCGAGCGAAGCCGCUGUGGCCAUCCCGGAGCCAAAGUCCCCCUUGCAGCCCUCCACCGCUGCGGACACAGCACCCCUGGACCAUGACGGUGCCAGGGAUCCUUCCCAGCUUCCAGGUGCAGGGGAUGCAGAGCCCUACAGUCUGUGUCCGGCAGAGCCCUCCCCAUGCUCUCCAGGCUGGCAGGCUCCUGAUGAGCCCCUUGCCACUGUGGACAGGGAGAGCCCCCUGGAGCCCCCUACUACCUUGCAGUGCAUGGAUGUGAACAAAAGCAUCGAUGCUGAACCAGAAGCCGAAUUAUCGGGCAUGGUGAGCGAUGGCUCCCUUGAGCAAGAGGAGCCUGCGGCGGCCAGCGUAGCCCUCCCCAAAAUCUUGGAAGGGGAGGCAGUGCAGAAUGGCAGCCCAGCAGGUGAAAAAGAUUCUAUGGAAGAGGAAACACUGCCUGAACACGAUGGCUCAGACACUGCAGGGAAAGACUCUGUCUCUUCCAAAGACAGUCCAGACAAGAAGCGAAAGAAAGGAAGGAGAGUGCUUGUGGCAUCGGACCGCCGUCUCCGAAGCCAGCAAUCCCAGUCACCUGCCGAGGGCAGUGCUGAGGAUGUUGGUUCUUCCAGCUCUGUGCAGCUUCCUUGCCUUCAGAUCAAACUCUCCAAGAGCCCUUGCGCUAAGCGGUUCAAGAGAGAAGUGCACCUGGAUGGGGCAGCAUCCGUCCACUUCCCAAAUGACUGCUUCCCCGAUGCGCUGCUCAAAACCAGCGAUGGGCCAGGCACCAGCCAGGCUCCAGAGAGCAUCGCUGAGCAGUGGCCAGGCGAGGAGAAUGGCGUCACUACCAGACAAACCUAUAAAAGCAUCUUAGCAAAAGAGACUGCAGCAGAGGGAGAAAAUUCCUCUAAAGACGACCCCCCUGCUGACAGCAGCCAAAGUCAACCAGAUGAGAUGCUGGAAAUCAGCGUCCAGGCUGAUUCUGAGAAGAAAAGCAUUCUCCUCCCUCCAGAGAGCAGCGUGCCUGCAAAUGAUGCCGAGCAAGUGGAUGUGAAACCAGGCGAUGCCAGCGCAAAGGACGAGGAGUGUUCCGACAGUGCCAUGGACACAGGCAAGCUGGAGAGCUACGAGCCAGUGGCAAAUUCCCCUCUGUGUCCCAGCAGCAGAGGUGGAAGCAAGCAUCUUCCAGCAAAGGCUGCAAAGCACAAAAAGGUUGCCCUGCAGUUUUAUAACUUAAGACACGCACCCGCACCUGUAGACACUGCAAAAAAGAGCACAGCAGGGAGGGAGUCUAUGCAAGCGAUCCCCAAACUGAGGGAUGAAAGCAGUUCAGGGAAUGACAGCUCCCCAGCAUUGGAGGACAUAGACACAGCUGACAGCAAACCAAAGUUCAUGGAGUGGUGUGCUGAAGAGGAGAACCAGGAGCUCAUUGCUGAGUUCAACACCCAGUACAUGAAAGUUCAGAAGGGCUGGAUUCAGCUGGAGAAGGAGGUGCAGCCAACCCCCAAGGUAAAGAACAAAGCCGACAAACUGAAAGAGAUUUGGAAAAGCAAGAAAAGGACACGGAAAAGUAGAGGCUCGCUGGAAGUGCAGAAGCUUUCUCCCGUCCAGAUGCUGUUUAUGAAGGCCUUUAAGCUGUCCGACAUCUGCCAGUGGUUUCUGGAGACGACUGAAACCAGGUCUCUAGUGAUCGUGAAGAAACUCAACACCCGUCUCCCAGGGGAGAUCCCCCCCAUCAAAGUCCCCAUGCAGAAAUAUUCCUCCUCCAGUCUCUACCCCAGCUCACUGCAAGCUGAACGUUUGAAAAAGCACCUCAAGAAGUUCGCCGCCACUACUCCAGCUCGGAAUAACCUGAAGAACCAAAAACUUUGGGCCAAAAUUCGGGAGAACGCUGAUAAAGCGGAGGCUGAAGAAGCCACUGCUCCCAGCCAGGCAUCUCCCACUGACUCUAGCACCGAGGACCUGAGCGAAGACAAAACCAUCCAGCCUGCUCCCAGCUUGCCCACACAGGCCAGCACCAGGAUUCUGCGCAAGUACUCCAACCUACGGGGCAAACUUCGAGCCCAGCACCGCAUGGUGAAGGUGGAGAAGAAGAGCGAUAGGAUGCUGAAGGAGAGCGGGAGCACCCAGGAGCGGUCCAGCUCCUCCACCAAGGACAGGCUGCCUGCCAAAAAGACCAGUAAAGUAAAGCAUUCGGAGGUCAGCAUGAAAGCUCCCGCCACCCGAAAGCAGGCUGCCAUGGAGAGAAGUAAUAAACUGGCUAGAAAAAUGUCUUUGAAAGAGAAGAGAGCCCCAAAAAGGCAGCUGGAGAAGGUGCGGCUCCCCAUGCGGAAGGGCAAGGAGAACACGAGCAGACGGGCCGUGCUGCCCCCCGGCCAUGAGGAGCUGGCCAAGUCCCCAAAGCAGAAGCCCCUGGGGGAGUCCUCCACGCGGUCGCAGAAGAUGGCCAACAAGAAGCCCAGCAGUGGGAAGACCCUGACAAGGUCUAUGAAGAAGAUGCAGGAGAGCAGCGGGUCGCAGGGCAAGAGGAAGCUGAGGGCAAAAGUGGACUGUUCGCACAGCAAACGCUCGCGACUAGACCCGAAAUAG